GAGCGGUCCAGUUCCGGAGGCGGCCACCGCCGCCGCCAUCUGUCACCUCACCUCCGGCACCGGCAGCGGGUUGCUAGUGCCCCGCCCGUGUCCUCGGCGGAGCCCGCUCCUCGUCCUGUCACCUCUCGGCUCCGUUCUCGUCCUCGCCUUCUUCCCGGAAUGGAUCUGGUCGGAGUGUCUUCACCUGAGCCCGGGCCCGCGGCAGCCUGGGGACCCAGUAAGUGCCCGUGGGCUACCACUCAAAACACAGCGUCCUGUCCGCUGACCGAGGUGAUGAGUGAAGAGUUGGCCAAAGAGCUGCAGCUGGAAGAAGAAGCGGCUGCUUUCCCCGAAGUUGUUGUUGCCGAAGGACCAUUCAUUUCUGGAGAAAACGUUGAUACUUCCAGCGACCUAAUGCUGGCUCAGAUGCUACAGAUGGAAUUUGACAGAGAAUAUGACGCUCAGCUUAGGCGUGAAGAAAAAAAGUUCAAUGGUGACAGCAAAGUUUCCAUUUCAUUUGAAAACUAUCGAAAAGUGCAUCCUUUUGAAGACAGUGACAGCUCUGAAGAUGAGGUUGACUGGCAGGAUACUCGUGAUGAUCCCUACAGACCAGCAAAGCCAAUUCCUACUCCAAAAAAGGGCUUUAUUGGAAAAGGAAAAGACAUCACCACUAAGCAUGAUGAAGUAGUAUGUGGGAGAAAGAACACAGCAAGAAUGGAAAAUUUUGCACCUGGCUUUCAGGUAGGGGAUGGAAUUGGAAUGGAUUUAAAGCUAUCCAACCACGUGUUCAAUGCUUUGAAACAACAUGCCUACUCAGAAGAGCGCCGGAGUGCCCGUGUCCACGAGAAGAAGGAACAUUCUACCGCUGAAAAAGCAGUUGAUCCUAAGACACGCUUACUGAUGUAUAAAAUGGUCAACUCUGGAUUGCUGGAGACAAUCACUGGCUGUAUAAGUACUGGAAAAGAAUCUGUUGUCUUUCAUGCAUAUGGAGGGAGCCUGGAGGAUGACAAGGAAGAUGGUACAGCUAUACCAACCGAAUGUGCCAUCAAGGUAUUUAAAACAACCCUUAAUGAGUUUAAGAAUCGUGACAAAUACAUUAAAGAUGAUUUCAGGUUUAAAGAUCGCUUCAGUAAACUAAAUCCACGUAAGAUCAUCCGCAUGUGGGCAGAGAAAGAAAUGCACAAUCUUACCAGAAUGCAGAAAGCUGGAAUUCCUUGUCCAACAGUUGUACAGCUUAAGAAGCAUAUUUUAGUUAUGUCUUUCAUUGGCCAUGAUCAAGUUCCAGCCCCUAAAUUAAAAGAGGUGAAGCUGAGUAGUGAAGAAAUGAAGGACGCCUACUGUCAGACUCUCCAUUUGAUGCAGCAAUUAUAUAACGAAUGUACCCUUGUGCAUGCUGAUCUCAGCGAGUACAACAUGCUGUGGCAUGCUGGAAAGGUCUGGUUAAUUGACGUCAGCCAGUCUGUAGAACCAACCCAUCCUCAUGGCCUGGAGUUCUUAUUCCGGGACUGUAGGAAUGUUUCACAGUUUUUCCAGAAAGGAGGAGUAAAGGAAGCCCUCAAUGAGUGGGAGCUCUUCAAUGCUGUCUCUGGCUUGAACAUCUUAGCCGACAACGAAGCUGACUUCUUAGCUGAGAUAGAAGCUUUGGAGAAAAUGAAUGAAGAUCAUGUUCAGAAGAACGGAAGGAAAGCAGCCUCGUUUCUGAAAGAUGACGGAGGUCCACCUGUGUUGUCUACAGAAUAGCACCAGUACCCUGCUCUCCACCAACAGUAGUGAUCGCCAGCUGCCAUAGCUGAGUGUGGGUGACUUAAAUACCAAAGCAGGAGCAGACAGUGCUGCUCCUGCGCUUACCACUUGUAACCCAGGUGCCAGAUGUGUGGAAUUUUUAACUCGGCAUUGAAAGAAUAAAAUGUCACUACCUCUCAUCUCACAAAAAGGAUAAUAUUCUUUAACAGGUAUAGAUGUCUAGUUGAAGGAGUUUGGAUUAUAUACAGUUCAUGAUAUGAAAUAUCUUGAUGAGAAAUUUUCCGCGUAGGGAGUAUUUCCGAGCGUGGGGAGCUAUGAGGCGUUGAUGGGAGGUUUGCUGGCUGCACCGUGCUCCUCACCUCCGGCUUUCUGUUGCAUCUUUCCGUAAAUGCUAUCAUUCUAGUUCUCAACUUCUCUUCCAGGCUGUGACUGUGAUUUUAAAGACCCCUCGUGGGUGGUAGAAAUUGGGAUUUGGCUUCAGAAUGGAUGGUGGAAAUAGAUAUAAACAAUGUACCUUUUAUUGGUAUGUCAUGAAAAUGUAUGGAAUUCCACAUUUCCAUCGCAUAUCCAGGAAGAUGACAGGUUUCUGAAACAUAAGUAUAGAAGGAUUUUUUAACUAACUAAAAUUUAACUUUUGGAUUUUCUUCAUUUAGGUUAAGUGUUUGGGAUGUAACUCAACCACAUUUUAAUAAAAAUGCAAAAUAUCUGGAAGGACAGAAUAUAAGAAUCAUAUUUGAUACAUUUUAAGAAGGCAAUGAAACAAAUUUCAAUUUACAGUUUCCUAAAAUUGUUCACAUAUUGCUAGUUGUUUGCAGAGAAAUAGAGCAAAGUAAUGGGAGGUGUUCAAUAAGUGCAGGACAAAGCUGUGUGCAGAACAAGUCAAGUGACGAGUUCCCCAGCUCACCAAGCCGUCUGGCCUGACGUGUCCUUACACUGGCUGGACUCUGCUCUGAAAAAGCGAACAGUGGUUUGGAAGACAUGGGUUGCUCGCUCUUACUUUAUUAGCCUCUUUAUUACCCCAGUUCCAGGAGUCAGGUUGGAUCCACUACACAGCCUAACUCUGUCUGGUUAUAAAGAGUAAAACUAUAAAUGUAAUUUAUGUUUGAAAGAUUUUAACAUUAUUUUAAAAUGCCAAAUACGUUUUUUCUAUGACUAUUUUGUUUCUGCUGUGCUGCUUUCAGUCGCAUUGCAGUGGAGUGGGACUUUAAGUGACUCAUCCCACGCUGAGAUGUUUGCUACUUUGCAACAAAGAUUUAAAUGAUGAUUAAUUAUUUAUUGGCUGUACAGAAAUUCCAGAGAAUUCACUUGAAACAAUCAUUUAAAACUUUGUUUUCAUUCUUGACAUACUCAUUUUCAAACCAUUGCUUGGAGUGUGCUGUGAACUUGCCUUUCAAGAAAUUAAAAAUGAAGAGAUCAUUUUA